AUGCAGUCUAUACCCUUUUUCAGGGCCUGUGGAAAGGCCUUUUUCUCAAGAAAUGCUUUCAUAGUGAAAUCACAACCUUUAAAAGCUGCAAUGUUCCCAAUAAGACAGCCCGGAAUAUCACUCAUCAAUUACCUAGUUCCAACUUCCAAGAACUUAUUUACUAAAACUAGGAAUUUUUCUUCCAGUUCGAUAAAAUCUAAUUUCAGAGAUCUCUUUAAUGGUACUUCUAAUAAAUAUACAAGGCUUGAAAGAUUCCAGCAGUAUUCUUCUCCUAAUCGUUACAACCAGAACAACAUCUAUAGGUUGACAUUGUGGGGUUUGGCUUAUAUGGCAGGAGUCUUCUUUUUGAGUCCAUAUUUGUUUGAAUGGCAACCAUUUUCCUAUUUCAAGACACAUCCGAGCCAUCUGACCUAUACGAUAAUGGCUAUUAACUGUGUGGUCUUCGGUCUAUGGCAAAUACCAAGGUUUUUACUGCCAUUGCAACGUUAUGCAUUGUUGCAGAAGGAUUUUAUAUACAGUAAAUGGUCUCUAAUUGGUAGCACAUUUUCUCACCAAGAAUUCUGGCACUUAGGUAUGAAUAUGAUGUGUCUGUGGUCGUUUGGUACUAGUUUAGUAAUGCUUCUUGGUCCAGCUAAUUUCACCAGUUUAUAUCUUAACAGUGCGAUGGCCGGGUCCCUAUUUUCUCUCUGGUUUCCAAAGAUCGCAAGAUUGAGUCUAAUGGGUCCUAGUUUAGGUGCUAGUGGUGCUUUGUUUGGGUUGUUUGCGACCUUUUCUUAUCUGGUUCCUAAUGCCAAGAUGAUGAUCUUCUUCUUUCCUAUACCCUUUGGUGCAUGGUACACCUUCCUAGGUUUAGCCGGGUGGAACGCAUUGGGAGCUAUUUUCAGAUGGGGUGCAUUCGACUACGCAGCGCAUUUAGGCGGGUCAGCCAUCGGUGUGCUCUACGGAUGGUGGAUAUCAAAACACAUUGAAAAGCAAAGACGUGCGAGAAGGGGACUAUCCUUUCCGCAGUUUGUAAUAGAGCGUUAA